GUAGCAAGUUGUGAGGAUCAAAUUAAUUAUAAUUUUUCUUCUUCUAUAUAUUAUAAUGGUUUUUCCAAUGCUAUAUGCUUCAUUAGCACCGAUCAAGAUUUUCUCUCUCUAAAAUCUCGCCAUCUUUCUUCAACUGUUUGUUGUUAAUGGGCAUGCUUUCACCAACGUCCCCCGCCGGAAAAUGGCUGGGUUUUGUUACUGCAGUGUGGGUUCAAGCUGUCUCCGGCAACAAUUACACUUUCUCGAAUUAUUCCGACGCUCUUAAGUCCCUUAUGGCCCUUACUCAACUCCAGCUCAAUAACCUCUCCGUCGCUAAAGACGUCGGAAAAGCCUUUGGAAUACUCGCCGGAAUCGCCUCCGACCGUCUCCCAACCUCCAUCAUUCUCCUCAUCGGCUCAAUUGAAGGGUUUAUUGGUUACGGCGUUCAAUGGCUCGUCGUUAGCCGCCGCAUCCAACCCCUUCCCUACUGGGCUAUGUGUAUAUUCAUGUGUAUGGGAGGAAACAGCACGACGUGGAUGAAUACAGCAAUUCUGGUCACGUGUAUUAGGAAUUUUAGGAGAAACAGAGGCCCAGUUUCCGGGAUUUUAAAAGGUUAUGUCGGUUUAAGCACCGCAAUUUUCACUGACAUCUGCUCGGCUUUGUUCGCCGAUGAUCCGGCUAAGUUUCUAGUCAUGCUUACAGUAGUACCUUUUGUGGUUUGCCUCACUGCCAUUGUUUUCCUCCGUGAAAUCCCACCUUCGUCCACCUCGGCGGAAGAAAAUGACGAUACAAAAUAUUUCGGUGUAAUUAACGUUCUUGCUGUAGUUAUCGCACUUUAUCUAUUGGCAUACGACGUUACAGGGGCUCAUGGCCGCCUAUUUUCCCAAAUUUUUGCUGCAGUGCUUUUGGUUCUUUUAGCUUCCCCUAUAUCAAUUCCGAUUUACCUCGCGUUAAAGGAUUUCAUUAGACCCUGUUCUGAUUCUAAAACCAUGGAUAUUGAACGCAAUGUAACUGUGCCAUUACUAACCAAAGAAGUAAAAGAACCCGUGGUGGAGGUGGAGAAAAACGUGGAAGUAACGGAGUUCAUCGAAAAGAGGAGGCCGGUUCUUGGCGAAGAACACACAAUAAUCGAGGCCUUGAAAACAUUGGAUUUCUGGAUUUUGUUCGUGUCGUUUCUUUGUGGAGUUGGAACAGGCCUAACAGUUAUGAAUAACAUGGGACAAAUGGGGUUGGCACUUGGGUACACCGAUGUUUCCAUGUUCGUGUCGCUAACUAGCAUCUGGGGAUUCUUCGGCCGCAUUCUUUCAGGAUGGGUUUCUGAGUACUUCAUUAAGAGGGCCGGAACACCGAGGCCAAUAUGGAAUGCAGCUUCACAGAUUCUAAUGGCAGUGGGAUAUGUCAUAAUGGCCAUUGCUAUGCCGGGAUCGCUAUAUGUUGGUUCCAUAGUGGUUGGGAUAUGUUAUGGAGUUCGGAUAGCUGUCUCAGUUCCUACUGCCUCCGAACUCUUUGGCCUCAAAUAUUAUGGUCUCAUUUACAAUAUUCUAAUCCUUAAUCUUCCUCUGGGAUCGUUCCUCUUCUCUGGAUUGCUCGCUGGCUUCUUAUAUGAUUCCCAAGCUACACGCACAGCUGGAGGCGGGAACACAUGUCUAGGUGCCCACUGUUACCGGCUAGUGUUUGUGGUUAUGGCAAUUGCAUGCAUUAUUGGGUUUGGUCUUGAUGUUUUGCUGGCUUUCAGAACGAAAACCAUUUAUUCCAAGAUCUAUUCAAGCCGAAGAUCAAAGAAGACAUCAUCAGUGUCCAAUGGCCAAUGAUGACACACUCCUAUCAGAUUUGAGGACUACGUAAAUACAUAGGAUUGAUGGGAGAUCUUAUCCCGGUGAUAUCUCUGCUUGUUGUAUUGCUUUAUUUCCACUUAAUCGUGAUAAUAGAGACGUAUGGGUUGAUUUGGACUUGUGGUUGGAUCUUUUGUACCCUACAUAGUGUUCUUAGAUCGUUGUUUUUGUUACUUAAGAACGCAUUUUUUGAUGAAUCUUUGCCUUUGAGAUCAAUGGAAGAAUUGAAUAUUUGAAGCUGGGUUGUGAA